UUUUUUGCUGAUGUGGACGCUCUGCGGAGCCUCAAAAGGUCUCUUUUAUUAGUAUAGAUUUGCAAAAGUUUCACCAAGUUAAAGUAUUAUUUAAAUAUAUUUUAAAAAGCAUGACAUUAAAAGGAUGUGCGAAGAACAAAUAGUUGUACACAGAGUUUUGGAAAAAAAGGAGGGUCGCUCAGUUUCUGGUAUUGGUGAGAUCGCUGCAAUUUCUCCUCGUUCCAUGGAUAAAAAAUCUCAUCUUCUUCAAUCUAUCGGCAAUGCCUCAGUCGCCGAUUUGGUUAUGUGGAAGAACAAACGCGGAGGGAUUCUUCUGCUGGGAUCAGCGACGUUGUUUUGGAUCCUCUUCGAGAAAUGUGGAUACAGUUUCUUUCCCUUUGUGGCUAACAUUCAGCUACUUGUCGUCGUUAUACUCUUCCUCUGGGCCAAAUCCGCCAUUCUCUUCAAUAGGCCUAUGCCUGAGCUUCCUAAUCUUGAAAUCACUGAAGCAUCUCUUCUUAUGGUUGCUGAUCCUUUACGGCUCUUGAUCAAUACUCUCCUCUCUAUUGCUCGUGAUAUCUACGUUAACAGAAACGCCAAACAACUCUUUCGGGUUAGUGUUGUGUUGUGGACUAUAUCACUUGUUGGCAGUUUCUUAAACUUCUUCACAAUACUCUAUCUUGGUAUUGUUCUCGGUAUGUUGAUUCCCAUUCUGUACGAGAGGUACCAGGAUCACAUUGAUGAGAAGCUAUCUGUCACACAUCGGAUGAUUCAAACACAAUUCAGGAAGAUUGACGAAAGAUUACUACAGAAGCUCAUUGCUAAGCCCACCAGCAAGAUUAAGAAGAUGCAAUAGAACAUACCAAACUAAGUGUUACUCUUUCAUGACCGCGAACGACUUAACAAGCUUUGAGGAUAGAUGAAUAGAGGCGUUGAGACUUGAGAGUUUUAUACCACAGAAGUGUAAUGUGGUUUUGUCACUUGAGUCAACGCUUCAUUUGAUUCUCUUUAUAGGAACACUGUGGAUUAACAAGUCCAUGACUAUGUGUAACUUCGGGAAUUAUUGGUGACUCUAAUUGGAAUAUGGAGGCUGUUUCUGGUUAGAAGGUGUGUCGUUAAUGCCUGAAAGUGAUACGGUGACAGAUUCACAAAAUACUAAAGAAUUACGAAAAUCAUUACAAAAAUAAACCAAAACUAAGGGAAACAAAAACUCUUUCUAUAGCCAAUCAAGAUUUUAGUAAAAGAGUUUUUCUAUAAACUAGGGAAACCAGUUUUUACAUGCUAUAUCAACUUUUAUGUGAAAAACCAAAAUCCAUGUUUUUCUAGUUUUGUAGAGGAGCGCGUAGUUUCUUAUAUAUUUUUUCUUAGCUUUUUGGUAAUAUUAAUAUCACAUUUAUCAACAUUGAUUAAAUGUAUAUGUUCUAAACUAAAUGUAUUCUUUUUUUUUUGAAACAUAAAGUAAGUGUAUUCUUAGUUUAUAAAUAUUUUGUAUUAUUUAUAAUUUUUUUUCGUUAUUUAGUUAUAUUUUUAGUAAAAAGAUGUUAUUUUUCAAAAAUAUAUUAAAUUUUGAAACAUUUUAACUGUAAAAAUAUAUAAAUUCUUACAUCUUUUAAUAAUUAUUAGUUUUGUUUUUUUGAAAAACAAUUUUUUCAUCCAAUUAAGAUUUAACAUAAAACUAAUAGUUUAUAUAAGAAAAAUACU